UAAAAUCGAUAUUCAAGCUGAAGGAUCUUCACGCUGUGGUUUUCUCCAUAAAAGUGGAAAGUUUUGAGAUAAAUCUUUGUCGAUUUCAAGUGAAACAUUUCUGUAACAUCUAUCACCAACGAUGCCAACUGUCGAAGACUUAUCAACUGAAUCGGUGGAAGUUCUACGAGAUCGUCUAAACACAAUGAAAAGAUUGAUGGCCGAACGUCAAGGUCCCACCACCAGCGGCAAACCGAAUGCUCCGCCAAGCAUAGAAGACUUAUGGAAUAAGCCGCAGACCCAUCCCGGGAUAAUCGAUGGAAAUUUUUUGUCUGUUGCACUUUGUGGUGCAUUGCUCGUCAUUUUAACUGUAGCCGUGUAUGCAUUUUACAGUUUGUACCAUGCUGUCUUGAAGAAAUUUCCAUCGCAUCACACCGAGCUGUAAAGAGAUUCACUUCUUCCAGAAAUUGUAUUGCAGGGCAAUUAAUUUAAUUGAUUAGAUUAAAAAAACGAAUAUUGAAUGACGUUCUUAUACUAAGAAUUUAUCUAUUGAAAAAUGAGUAAACGGAUUUUUAACUGUAAUCGUAUUAAUGAAACUUAAAUAAAAAUUAUUGGAAAAACCGAUAUGCAACGAAUUUUA